CGGAUCCGCAUCACGAAGCGCAUCGGCGACAUCUUCGCCGCACCACCCAACACAGUCCUGAUCCACGCCUGCAACGCAGUCGGCUCCUGGGGCGGCGGCAUCGCGCUAGCCUUCCGCAACCACUACCCUUCCGAAUUCCGCAUCUACCGCGCCCACUGUGCGCGCUCCGCGCCAGACCGGCUGGUCGGCACCGCGCUGCUUAUCUCUCCUCAGCGGGAAUCCCGAAAUGACACGGGACGAGGGCACUACAUCGGCUGUCUGUUCACGAGUCGGUCGCAUGGCACGGCCAAAGACCCGCCGGAGAGUAUCUUGCAGGCUACGGCGCCCGCCAUGAGGCACCUGAUGCGGCUGAUCGUGGAGAAGGAGGUUAGGACGGGGGUGGGCAUCGGGCAGUUAAGGAUGUGUAAAAUCAACUCGGGGUUGUUUGCGGUUCCCUGGGCGAGGAGCAAGAGGGCUAUUGAGGAGAUGGAGUUAGGAGAGGGGGAGGUGCCGGCUUGUGCCGAAGGGGGCGUGGUGCAGGUAGUGGUGUAUGAGAGG